CCUAGUCCUAUGGGCCUACAAAAUAAUCUUUUAGUUUUGAAUUUUUAAUUAUCUUUUUUAACUAGUGAAUUCCCUUUGGAUUGCGGGGACAUUGUUUUCAUCAUACACGCAUAAUUCACGGUGAAUCUUCAUUCUGUAGUUUUGUUUUGAUCAAAUCCACUUGAAGACAUUCCUUUUCAGAAUCAAGAGAAAAAUGAAAAUUACCGCGCCAGAUGAUAUUGAAAUCCCAGAUGAACUCAAAGGAGGUUUCACUUCAGAUGAGGAUAAGAAAGUAACAUUUGAAGAUGAAAUAAAAGACAUUCUUCGGAUGACCAAACUGUCUCCAAAAUUUGUUGUUGAGAAUAAUGAGGAUAGAGACAAUUUGGAGUUUAAGAGAGAGGUUCUUUUUAAAUUUACUCAACUAUGUCGAGAAGAACUGUUUCCUAGACAUUUAAAGGCAGUGGAGGCUACAGAAGCAAAGAUGGACCAACAACGAUGUCAGCUUUUGUGUCAGCAGAAACAGAUUCAGCAUUUGCUGUCGUCUCGUGAAGAGCUCAGAGAAAACCUUCAUAGGCUAGAAGUUGCAAGGGCUGAAGCUUCGUCAAAGGACCUUCAGCUACAAAUAAGGUUGAAAGAAGUCUUUGAAAAACUGCAAAACAGAUGUAAAAACAGUUCAUGGUCUGAGAGGAAGGCUGCUCAAGAUCUGAUUGCUCUAAAGAAGAGAGUGGAAGACAUAAAACUCAACCUAAUGGAGUCCAAAGCAAAAAUGAAUUAUUACAGAAAUCAGGUACAAGUUCAAACUGAAACUGUCAAGAAACAAACAAAGCCUCUGCAUCUGGAUAAGAACAAAGCAGCUCUAAUGAAAGAAAGCUUAAGUGAUAUGCGAGAAAACAUUGAACAGUUGAUGUUAAGGGUGAAGAAGCUUAAAGUUACAGUCGAAAGCACAAACAAUGGAAGUAUAGACUGAUAGAUCUCCUCACUCAUAAAUUACUUGUUACGUUCCCUAUUGUUGUAAUAAAUUAAACCUUUUUCACAAACUA